AUGGGAGGGGUGCCGUCAACGCCGCUGGUGGGCGGCGGAGCGCCGCCGCAGGACACGGCUGAAAACUUAAUUGGGGCCUUCAUCGGGAGCAAGUCGUUUCCCCUCGCCGACGAUUACUGGGAGAAGCUUCUCGAUGCCCAGCUCGAUCUGCGCUGGCCUCCUGAUCGCGUUCGCCAGGCAUGCCAGCUAUUCGCAAUGAACAAUUGCAACACAAGACACCUUGUAAAGAUUUUGAUUCACCUAGCAUGGUGCUUGCAAGAUUGUUCAGCGUCUGAUGUUCCAUCUCCAGCUUAUCCAAAAGCUCUUAAUGCUUUAUUUAUGUUAUCUGUUUUUCUGAAGAAUCUGAUUGAAAAUGCUAAGAGUGACAACUUUGAAGAACUAUACCUCUCGCUGGGCGAAACUGAACCAACACCAACUAAUUUUUCAAAAGGUAAAGAAGUUGAGAACUUUGUUAUGUACAGUGCACUCAACUUCAUUGCCAGAGUUGAUAUUAGUCCUGGAACAUACCUUCUUCAUCAUGAGUUGCUUGACUUCAUGCUGAUUGCUAUGUCUACUCAACUUUUAUCUGGGCCAUCACCUGGACUGGAUGACAAACAUCCUUUCAUUGAUGCAGCAAUGGUGCAGGAACUUCAUUUGGUUAAUUCGGUAGUGCAUAAGUUGUUCCUCAAUUACCUCAUACACCCUGGAGUUCUGCCAAACAGUUUAUCUUAUACCAUAUUUCCUGAAGGAAACCAAGCUGAUGUUUUGAGGAGAGUCGCAAACUUGGUAUUGGUGCCCUUUCAUUACAUUGCGAGCUCAACUAGUGCAGCUUCCAGAAGUCGAUUGGCUGAAAGCAGUCUUAAUAUUCUGCUUAUUCUUAGUCAUUACCAUAAAUGCAUGCGAGUGGACGGGAAGAAUAAUAGUGAUUAUAGCAGCUCAGAGUCUGUCUUUAAGGAAGAUACAUAUUUCUUAGAAAACCCAUACCGCAAAGCGGUCGAAAAUGUUAGAGAUACUGAAUUUAAUCGAGUUGAUAUUAAGGGGAAUGCACAAAGUGAUCCACUCGUGAGGCUACCUUUUGCUUCUCUGUUUGAUACUCUUGGCAUGUGCAUGGCUGAUGAAACUGCUGUCUUGUUGCUUUAUUCACUGGUCCACGGCAAUCCAUAUUUUUUGGAGUAUGUUUUAGUGAGAACGGAUCUGGAUACACUGUUAAUGCCCAUGUUAGAAACACUAUAUGAUGCUCCAAGAAAGAUGCCCAAUCACAUUUAUAUGGUGCUGAUUAUCCUUCUUAUACUAAGCCAGGAUUCAUCUUUUAAUGCCAGCAUUCACAAACUGAUGCUUCCUAGUGUUCCGUGGUACCAAGAACGGCUCCUUCAUCAGACCUCUCUCGGUUCCCUCUUGAUCAUAAUUUUAAUUAGGACUGUGAAAUAUAACCUCUCUAAGCUACGGGAUAUGUAUCUUCACACAAAUUGUCUUGCAAUAUUGGCAAAUAUGGCUCCACAUGUUCAUCGUUUGAGUGCUUAUGCUUCACAGCAGUUGCUUUGCCUUUUUGAUAUGCUUUCUCGCAAGUACAACAAAUUAGCAGAUGUAAAAAAUGAGAAGAUGAUUAUGGCAGAUGGUGGUCCAAGAGGAGAAAACCUUCCAGAUGAUCCUUUAGCAGAACUCCAUAUCUAUACUGACUUCCUGAGGCUUGUGCUGGAAAUACUUAAUUCAAUUCUAACAUAUGCUUUACCGAGGAAUCCUGAGGUUGUUUAUGCAAUUUUACACAGGCAGGAGGUUCUUCUACCUUUCAAGAAUCAUCCGCGUUUUAAUGAGCUGUUGGAAAACAUAUAUACUGUUUUAGAUUUCUUCAAUAGCCGUAUAGAAACUCAGGAAAGGGAUGAUGAUUGGUCAGUGGAGAAAGUGCUUCAAAUCAUAAUCAACAACUGCCGUUCUUGGAGAGGUGAAGGCAUGAAGAUGUUUACUCAACUACGCUUUACCUAUGAACAAGAGAGUCACCCUGAGGAGUUCUUCACCCCAUACGUGUGGCAGGUGGUAUUGUCUCACAGUGAUUUGGCUUUUGAUCCGAGCAGCAUAAAUUUAUUUCCGGUGCAGGUAGAAGCUGUAAAUAGUGGAUCGAUGGUAAAUAAACUUGAAAAUGGCGAGCAGAAAGAACAACUACUUCGAGCAUAG